UCAGUUAGCCGGUUGCUAGUUACUUCCAUCAGACUUGUUUGUUCCAUGCGCUCGAUAUCAUAACACUAACUACGCUUUCGAGACGCACAUCAUAUAAAUUGAACAAAUUUGACUGAGUUAAUCAAUUUGUCGGCGACUUGCUUGUCUCUUGCCUUCUUCUGUUGUUCGAGAGAUUUAAAAUCAUCACUCGGAAUGUAUCUAUCCAAACAGUUGAUUUGCAGAAAUGGAUCUACCAAAGCCAAACUAUGGACCCCAGUCGCUUAUUUCGCCAAGACCCUAUCGACGGAAAGAGGUGCUCAAAAGUCUCUCCGUUCCGUGCUCCAAUCACAGCUCGACGAAAUCCGAAAUGCCGGAACGUACAAAAAAGAACGCAUCAUUGUAUCACCCCAAGCGACUUCCAUCAGCGUAGAAGGAUCCUCGGGAAAGAUACUAAAUUUCUGCGCUAACAACUAUCUUGGAUUGGCGUCUAAUCAAGAGGUGAUCAAUGCUGGUAAAAAAGCACUGGAUGAGUACGGAGCGGGAUUAAGUUCAGUGCGAUUCAUUUGCGGUACCCAGGACAUCCAUAAGCAACUGGAAAAGAAGCUAUCGGAAUUUCAUCAGCGAGAAGACACGAUUCUGUAUGCGUCUUGUUUCGAUGCUAACGCCGGCAUUUUUGAAGCUGUUCUAACCCCAGAGGAUGCCAUAUUCUCCGACGAGCUGAAUCAUGCCUCCAUCAUUGAUGGAAUUCGGUUGUGCAAAGCAAAGAAAGCAAGAUACCUACAUCGGGAUAUGAAGGAUUUGGAAGAAAAACUCAAAUCUACCGACGCCCGAAUCAAAAUGAUCGUCACAGACGGUGUCUUCUCCAUGGACGGCAACGUGGCUCCGUUACCGGAGAUUUUCGAUCUGGCAGAUAAAUACGAUGCUCUUACCUUCGUCGACGAUUGCCAUGCAACAGGAUUCUUCGGCCCAACAGGCCGAGGUACGGAGGAAUUCUACAAAAUGCUUGGCCGCUGUGACAUCAUUAACUCUACCCUGGGAAAAGCACUCGGGGGAGCAGCGGGAGGUUAUACGACUGGUCCGCAGGAGUUAAUCGAUUUGCUGAGACAAAAAUCUCGUCCGUAUCUGUUCUCGAAUUCCCUGCCACCACCGGUUGUAGCCAGCGCUAAGCGAGUCAUCGAAAUGCUUAUGGAAUCCAACAGUCUGACGGCGCGAGUUCAAAGCAAUACCCGAAGGUUUAGGGAAGCUAUGACAAAAGCAGGAUUCACCAUCUCUGGAAUGGAUCAUCCCAUCAGUCCGGUGAUGCUAGGAGAUGCUCGGCUAGCGUCCGAAUUCGCCGACGAAAUGCUAAAAAGAGGAAUCUAUGUCAUCGGUUUCAGCUAUCCGGUGGUUCCUAAGGGGAAGGCUCGCAUUCGGGUGCAGCUAUCCGCUGCCCAUACCGAUGAAGAAAUCGAUCGAGCAGUAGCUGCUUUCGUCGAAGUGGGGAAGCAACUGAAAGUGAUUUCUUGAUUAAAUUCAGGUGACGAUUCAUGAGAAGGAAUAUUCUUUAAGAAAUUGUAUCUUUACGCAAAAGAAUAAAAUCUGCUAUCGUCUAACAA